CACUAAUCCCCAAGUUAACAAUCAUAGGGCCCCGCCGUCCUGCUCGACACACUGAGUCCUGUGACUUUCGGCAGCUCCCGGCCUCUUCCGUCCCCAGUGACUACGUAGCGGCUCUAAACAACUGAAGAAAUGGCUGUCGUGAGUGGAACGUUCCGCAUGGUGUCGGAGGAGGAGCAGGCUCUCAGGGCCAAGCUGGAGCGCCUCACGGUUAAGGACCACGGUCCCGUGUUCGGACCCUGCGCCAAGCUGCCUGACCACACAGUGCAGAAGGCCAAGGAUGAGCUGAAUGAAACAGACGAGAAGCGGGCGUUGGCGGUCAAGGAGCUGAGGGGAAUAAUCAAGGAGACGGCAGAUGCUGGGGACGACCUGGCCAAGGGGGUGCUGGAAACCUUCGGAGAGAAGCCUGACGGCAUGCUGGUCCGCUUCAUCCGCGCCAGGAAAUACGACGUGCCCCGAGCAUUUGACCUCAUGAAGGGUUACGUGCGCUUCAGGAGAGACUACCCUGAGCUGUUCGAGAACCUGACCCCCGAGGCUGUCCGCAGCACCAUCGAGGCCGGCUACCCAGGCAUCCUGUCCAGCAGAGACAAGUACGGCCGCAUCGUGCUACUCUUCAACAUCGAGAACUGGGACUACGAAGAGAUCACCUUCGACGAGAUCCUCCGUGCCUACUGUGUAAUCCUGGAGAAGUUGCUAGAGAACGAGGAGACUCAGAUCAAUGGUUUCUGCAUCAUUGAGAACUUCAAGGGCUUCACCAUGCAGCAGGCCUCCGGCAUCAAACCCACUGAGCUCAAGAAGAUGGUGGACAUGUUGCAGGACUCCUUCCCUGCCCGUUUCAAAGCGGUCCAUUUCAUCCACCAGCCCUGGUACUUCACCACCACCUACAACGUGGUCAAGCCACUCAUGAAGGGCAAGCUGCUGGAGAGAGUGUUUGUCCACGGAGACGAGCUGGACAACUACUACAAGGAGUUUGACGCCGACAUCCUGCCUUCCGAGUUCAACGGCAAGAACUCCAAGUACGACGGCAAAGCCAUAGCAGCCAAGCUGUUCGACUGAACACCCCCUCCUUCUCAUUCGCCACUCCUCCAAGCAGACUGGGACCCCCACACAAACACAGACAGAAAAUAUGAAAAACAUAAGAGUGUGGCUUUAUUAGAAAAUAAUGUAAAAGAUGGGUGUGGUAUUGUACUGUUGUUGUUUUCCAAGAGUUAUUAAGUAUUAAACACCCAACAAAGCACUCCCAACAGAGGACUAUAUAGCCUUGGCUCAGGCCUUACCUGAGUUACUUAACAGCUCUAACCAUGGAGCUUUUCUCUGUGUAACCCAUCUCUGCAACCUGGACUCAGGGGUAGAGGUAACAAAUAGUAAAUGUAAAAACGGGACACUCCAAUUCGUAUGGUAUGGUAUGUAUUCAUUUGUGGAUGUCCAUCAUACAUUUCGUACAACGAAUUACAAUUUGUAUGAUAUGUUACGAAUUUUCUAAACAUGAUAUCUUUCUAAUUCCAAUUUGUUGUGGCUAUCGUUAGCUAGGUGGCGAACACUAACGUUGGCUAACAUUAGCUAGGCUAGGGGUUAAGGUUAGGGUUAGGAGUUAGGUUAAAGGGUUAAGGUUAGGGUUAGGGGAAGGGUUAGCUAAUAUGCUGAGUAGUUGCAAAGUAGCUAAAAAGGGGUAAGUAGCUGCAAACAUGCUAAUUAGCUAAAAUGCUAAAGUUGUCCGUGAUGAGAUUGGAACACACAACCUUUGGGUUGCUAGACGUUCACGUCAUACGCCACCCAUCCACUCUGACCAAUCACCCUACGAUAACCUUCUGUCUUAUGUAACCAUAUCAAACUUAACAUAUCAUACAAAUCUGAGUGUCUCGGAUUUACAUUUACAUCUAAUCUAUGAGACCAGGCUGAUCUUUGACACAUACAGCUAGCACUAGUUAAACCUGACAGGACCCAGUUCUCUAUCCACCUCCCUUUUCUCCUCAGGGCGAUACAAGGCCAUGAAUCAAACAAGUGCCUGUCUCUAUUUGUUUGUUUUUGACCGUGCUUAGAGAUGAAUAUCAGCAGUUUUAUCCUCUGUGGAUCAAUGCAGAGGCAUGAGCAUGUCACCACAAUGUGGACAAUAAACUGUAUGGAAAGAA